CAUUGUCGUGUCAGCAUGAGCGUCGCCAGGCCUGCGCAGUGGGCGGCGCGCGGCGGCGCUGCGGCGGCGAACUGGGGCAGCGGGCGCUGGCAGCGGCGAGCGGCGCGCCGGCCGGGUGUCGCCGCGGCGCUCGACUCGCGCGCCCGAGCCGGGACCCCGUCACCCGAGCGCCCCGCGGGCCGCAGUGACGCAUUGCAGGUGCGCGGUGGCCAAUCGGCGCGCGCCGCGCCGCUCCACGCCGCCGCACCCGCCCGAUAUAAAACCGACUAUCCUUUGCGGAUCAAAUCUAAUCCCGUGCCGUGCGUCCCGAGAAAUGGACUUGGACGUUCGAAACUGUCAAAGUUGAAUAAAUGUACAAGUAAAGCGGAUCAGCUAACAGAGGAACAGAUCGCGGAGUUCAAAGAGGCGUUCUCACUGUUCGACAAAGACGGCGAUGGCACCAUCACCACCAAAGAGCUGGGCACCGUCAUGCGCUCGCUAGGACAGAACCCCACGGAAGCAGAACUGCAAGACAUGAUCAACGAGGUCGACGCGGACGGCAACGGCACGAUAGACUUCCCCGAGUUCCUCACGAUGAUGGCGCGCAAAAUGAAGGACACGGACAGCGAGGAGGAAAUCCGCGAAGCGUUCCGCGUGUUCGACAAGGACGGCAACGGGUUCAUAUCCGCGGCCGAGCUGCGCCACGUCAUGACCAACCUGGGGGAGAAGCUCACCGACGAGGAGGUCGACGAGAUGAUCCGCGAGGCCGACAUCGACGGCGACGGCCAGGUCAAUUACGAGGAAUUCGUCACCAUGAUGACGUCGAAGUGAGCCGCCGGCUAGUGUGUGUGUAUAAAGCAGAGAAUUUUAAUAUACAUUUUGUUUCAUGACACACAAUAUUACCAUCGUAUUGGACCUGCAUUUCUCUAGUGUUUGCGAUAAAUUACUAUUGUCAUCGUUUCAGUUAAGGUAUAUCGGAGGCGCGCGCGCGCUCCCUCCCUAUUUAGACUUUAAAGUAUUCCGUUAAUUUUACUAUGUAAGGAAGAAAACUUCAAGUGUAGCGGUACAAAGGCGAAACGAAUAGGUGUGCGUCGCGUUGUGUGAUAUCGGUCGGUGUGUGUGUGUGCGUGCGCCCGGCCCCGGCCCGGCCUCGACCCGGCCCCGGCCCGGCCCGGCCCGCGCCGGCCGACUGCGUGCGUGUGUGCGGUCUGCGGCCUGCACAUCUAGAAUCUUUCCGAUACAUUUUAAUGUAAAUUUUUUUCAAGUAUGAGAUACUUAUUUAUAAAGUACGUGAAGAUUAAAAAUUUAAAAAUCCUAAAAACAACAUACCGCAGCCGUAGCCGCUGUACAUUACUUAUUGAAUGUUUCAAUCUAACUGACUCAGUAAACGAAUAAAUUAGAUUAAUUGGUACUGCAUUAAUUAAUUAAUUGUAUCUGUAAAUGACUUGAUAAAUAUAAUAUUAUAUUUCUAUUGACGGUGAACUGCUCCGCUCUGUUAUUUCACGUUUGAUUCAUUCUUUUAUUAAAUUAUACAAAAGACAUACUGAAAAUAAAUGUUUCUUCAUUUUUAGGUCAAUAAG